AUGUGGGACGUGAUCGACAACGACAUCGCCUGCAACGUCGCCCGCCAGGUCCUGGAGGACUGGAACCCGUCUCCCACCGACCCCACCGCCGCCGCUGCAGCUGCAGGAGGAGCUCCGGCCGCCGCUGGCGUAGUCGUCGGCCACCAGGAGGAGCCCCGGUGCCUCCGCGCUGCCUUGCUCCUGGGCAGGCUCGCCCUCGCCAGGGAGACCGAGGACAACAUCAGUGUCAUCGUCGUCGACCUGAAGCACAGGGAGUGA